GAUCCUGCCUCUGCCUCCAGCGGUCCCCUGCCUCUGACUUCCUGCUCCAGACACCAGCCUCCUUGAUCCAGUGUUUCCCUGCCUCUGCCUCCCCAACUGUCUCAGCCUUUGAGCAAUCAACACAGAGAAACAGCAAUGAGUGAUUCAAGGGAGAGCUCCCCAGAUUGGUUGCGUUCUUUUCAGGUGCCAUCGCAUUCGCCAUUGAUACUGUCAUCUGAUUCCAAGUCCGUACAUGACGAUAGCCUAUCAAUUGGGGAUGAGACUGAUGCUGAAGGAUCAUCUCUGGAGAUCAGCAAGUGUAAGAGUAAGAAUAAGAGUAAGAGCAGGAGCACUGGUCUUGGCAAAAGCCGUUAUAAGUCUUCACCUAGAAAGACAUUAGAAGUAGCUGCUGUUGAAAUAGAAGGUUGUACUACGUCAUCUAGAAGAAAGAAAUCAGAGAAGCAAAAUGCAGAAGGAGACAUAGAGGAAAGGAAGAUUGGCAUUGAUUCAAACAAUGACAUGCAUGUCGAGCAUAAAGAAUCUGUUUAUCCAAUUUUGAGUCUAUCAUCGGAUUCUGAGUCGUGCCUUGAUCAUAGCCCCAAAAAAGAAAUUCGUAACAAUCAGGUGGAAGCUUCUCAGCAACAAAUACCUUAAUUGAUUAGUGAAGAAGCUAAGGAUAAAAUUAUCCUUGGCAAUGAUGGAAAGUCUCCAUCCAGAAAGGGUUCAAAAGGAAAGUCUUCUCAGAAACCAAUUCAUGUAGAAGAAGAUCAUUCACCAGUGAAAGGGAAGAAAACAAAGGGCAGUGCAAAGGAGAGAGGUAGUGGUGGAGAUCUGGAGGCUGAGGAGGAAGAAACUUGUGAAAAGCUCAUUGAGACAAAUGUCUCCUCUUCAAGGCUGCCUUUGGUGCUUUCUGAGAAAGUUCAACGCACAAAGGCUCUUGUUGAGUGCCAAGGUGACUCCAUAGAUCUCAGUGGUGAUGUGGGAGCUGUAGGCCGGGUUAUAAUUUCAGAUUCUGCAUCCAGAGAUCAGGAAAUGCACUUAGACUUGAAAGGAACUAUAUACAAAACAUCUAUAGUUCCUUGCCGGACAUUUUGUGUGGUUAGCUUUGGACAGUCCGAGGCAAAGAUAGAGGCCAUUAUGAAUGACUUCAUACAGCUGGAGCCACAAUCUAAUGUAUAUGAAGCUGAAACUAUGGUUGAAGGGACACUGGAUGGUUUUGCCUUCGAUUCAGAUGAGGAAGCUGGCAAGAUGCCAAAGGCCACCCAAACUGAUCAAAAUGAGCAUGCUGAGGAAGAAACUCACAGUAAAUCCAAAGGGAAGGGUGACAAGAAAACAGGUGCUGAAAAGAAAAGAGGUAGAAGUACUGGAGGAAAACCACAACCUAAGACAGUAAAGAAAAAAGCUCCAAAAAAAGCUCCAAAUUCUAAGGCAAAGACGAAGAAUUGAAGAAUUGAGUCGAAGAAGUGUUCCAUUGUGUAUGUUGUAAACUUAUACUCAAUCCUUGGGUUAAAAGUACUAGUUGAUGAAAUACUUUGCCCAUGUCAGAGAUAAUAACAUUACAGCAGCAACAAAUCCACCCCAGAAGAAUUGGUACUUUUAUGAUUGGUGAAUGAGUUCUUAUCAAAUCCUUCUUACA